UACUGCAAACUUAUCUGCAUUUCACGCGCCAACCAAAACCAAAGUAUGCUGCGCGCCUUUGUAACGCCCAAGAAUCUCGUCAUAUUCCUCCGCGCCACCACCUUCAUCUCCCGAGCCCGCCUCUCCUCCAUCGCUGGCGACCAAACCCCUGCUUGGAUGUCCUCCAACCAAAUAAUGCAACGCCACCCCCGCCUCCUUUCCCUUGAGACCUGCGACUCCCCGCGCCAGCUCCAACCCAUCCUCGCCUACGCCAUCGUCUCCGGCCUCUUCCGCAACCCCUUCGUCGCCAGCCGCGUCCUCCACUCCGCCGUCUCCUCCUCCUCAACACCCGACCUUUCCUUCGCCUCCCUGGUCUUCUCCCAGAUGGAAAAGCCAAACCUCUUCUCCUGGAACACCAUCAUCAGAGCCCUCGCCGCUUCUGAAGACCGCUCCCGGUCGGCCGCCUUCUCCGUGUAUGCCGAAAUGCUCCAGAGAGGAACUCUCCCAGAUAAGUACACCUUCCCUUUCUUGCUCAAGGCUUGCCGCUCUUCUCGUGAUCUCUAUUUGGGUAGAUCGGUCCAUGCUCAUGCCUUCGUUCUGGACUUUGAUGCUGAUCCAUUCGUGCAGACAGCAAUUGUGAGGAUGUACUUGUCAUGUGGGUCUCUAGGAGAUGCACGCAAGGCCUUCGAUGGAAUGCCCCAUAGAGAUGUUGUCGCGUGGACUGCGAUGGUCUCAGGUCUAGUCGAUCAAGGUUGCCAUUGGGAGGCAUUGGAGGUGCUUAAUGAGAUGAGGUUUAAUGAUUUGGAUGUCACUCCUAAUGUUGCUACGAUGGUCUCUGCCAUGUCGGCGUGUGCGAAUUUAGGGUCUUUGGUUCAUGCCAAGAGCUUGCAUGCAUAUGUAGAGAAGGUUGGCUUAGAAGGGGAUGUUUUCAUUAGGAAUUCAUUGAUCGACAUGUAUGCAAAGUGUGGGAGCAUUGCUCAUGCUGUUCAAGUGUUUCAUAGCAUGAGUGAGAGGGACUUGCAUUCUUGGACAGCCUUAAUUACUGGCUUGGCUUCACAUGGAUUUGGUAAAGAAGCUCUUGAUGUAUUCUCACAGAUGCAAGGGAUGGAUGUCGUGCCCGAUGCAACCACCUUUGUCGCAGUUCUUUCUGCUUGCAGCCAUGCAGGGUUGGCAAUUGAGGGGCUUGAGAUUUUUGACUCCAUGGAGAGGGUACAUGGAGUUGUGCCAGAGCUCAAGCAUUAUGGGUGCAUGGUGGAUCUUUUAAGUAGGGCAGGACUCGUGGGUUGUGCCUAUGAGCUUGUCUCAAGCAUGCACAUAGGACCCAACUUGGUGAUUCUGGGGGCUUUGUUGAGUGCAUGUAGAAUUCAUGGUGACUUAGAGAUAGCUGAACUUGUUUCAAAGAAAAUUGAGUCAAUCUGCAGGUACAAAGGAGGUACGCCUGUACUUUUAUCGAAUAUGUAUGCAAACAAACAACAAUGGAAUGAAGUAGCUUCAAUCAGGGAGAUGACAGGAAAGGAUGCAAGUAAGCCUCCAGGGUGGAGUUGGAUUGAAGUCAGAGGUGUCAUUCAUGAGUUCUUGGUCGAGGACAGAUCACAUCCACAUUAUAAGGAGAUGCAUUUGGUGCUGCAUGAGCUGGGGAAAUUGAUGGAAGAAUUUGUUUGAUAUAGGUUCCAUUUAUAAGACAAUAUCUCUGAUCUGAGUUUGUUUCAAAACAGUUUAGAUUAGAGUUUGAUGGUAAUCAAUCGAAUUCUGAUCGGUCGUCAUGCUGUUCGGCAUGGCUUAUGAACUAUAUUCUGGCUAAUCAAUCAGGGCACAAAUGAAAAUGGAGGAAUAUUCUUCUAAGGUAGUAAAUGAGUAGCCUUAUUUUUUUUCAGAUAACGCAAUUCACCGAGGACUUGAAACAAUGAUCACAAGUUUCAGUAGAAAUGGAUGGGGGAUGCAUUUGGAAGCAGUUAUAUUCGCUAAUUCUUUUUGGUCUUUGCAGAAGAGAAGGCAAAUUUGUAAUCGGAAACAAUCCAAAUUUUUCUAACAAAAAGAAGUCCUUGCAGAGGCAAAUACUCUGGAGCUCUCUAGUGGAAGACGGAGGGAUGUUGAUCGAUUGCAUCUUUCUAGAAUUUGAACGGUCCACUUGAUGAAAAGUGGGGAACAACCCAUGUAUAUAUUUUCUUCUAUUUUAUUUGUGUAUUCUGAAGUAAUAAGGGCUAAAUGCCUCCUAACAUUGUGAUAUUAGCGUUUUGUACAUACACUUUUGUGUGCAUUUUAUGUUAAUAAGGUU